GUGGCCUCAUGGGGAAGAGCCAUGCGCGGGACGGCCAUCCUCUUCUCAACGAGGGAGAAGAUGCGGAGAUGGAGAUAUUCGGCUACAGAACCCGGGGCUUCUGGAAGGCCCUGUGCCUGGCCGGGUACGUCCUCUCCUGCGGAGCCCUCUGGCUGGUGUUCUACUGGAAGCCGGAGUGGGGCGUCUGGGCGACCUGCCAGCCGUGCGACCUGGAGGAAGCCGACACCGUCCUGCUACGAACAACGGAUGAAUUUCAGAUUUACACCCAGAAGAGGGUGACCUGGAUUUCUCUGUCGGCUUUGAUCCCUGCGGAUUCCAGCCAUCCUCUGACGGCUGACGAAUGUUCUCUCCUGAAUAAAGUCAUAAUGAAACCAGAGUUGAAAGUGAGGUGCCUCACGGUGCAGAAAAUCCGGUACGUCUGGGAUUUCUCGGCCAAACGGUUCCAGAAGGUCGGAGUCCUUGAGGAUGGCUCAGAGAUCCACGCCAAAUUUGGGUCGGGGCUGGGGAGCCGAGAGCAAGAGAUCAGGAAGAUCAUCUGUGGGGCCAACACCAUCGACGUGGAGAUCACACCCAUCUGGAAGCUGCUCAUCAAAGAGGUCCUCAAUCCAUUUUACGUCUUCCAGCUGUUCAGCAUCUGCCUGUGGUUUGCUGAGGAGUAUAUCGAGUACUCUGUAGCCAUCAUCCUCAUGUCCCUCCUUUCCAUUUCGCUCACUGUGUAUGACCUCAGGAAGCAAUCCACGAAGCUGCACCACCUGGUGGCAUCCCAUAAUAGUAUCCUGGUCCAGGUCUGCAGGAGAGAGACAGGGGUCCAGGAGGUGGAGUCCAGCCAUUUGGUGCCCGGAGACCUGCUGGUCCUGGGGGGUGGCCGAAGCCUCCUGCCUUGUGACGCCCUCCUGAUCGGCGGCCAGUGCACGGUGAACGAAGGCAUGCUGACCGGUGAAAGCAUCCCUGUUGCCAAGACCCCUUUGCCCCGAGCGCACAAGGAUGCUCAGCCCUGGCAGACGAACCGCGCCGAGGACUGGAAGAGGCACCUCCUUUUCUGUGGGACUGAGAUUGUCCAGGCCAGGGGAGAUGGCGACGGGCCUGCCAAGGCAGUGGUUCUCCGGACCGGUUUCAACACAGCCAAGGGGAAUCUGGUGAGAUCCAUUCUCUACCCGAAGCCUAUGAACUUCCGGCUCUACCGAGAUGCCCUGCGGUUUCUCAUGUGCCUCAUAGGAAUCGCGGCUGUCGGAAUGAUCUACACCGUCUGUGUUUUUGCGCUCAAUGGGGAAGAGGCUGGGGAGGUGGUGAAGAAGGCCUUGGAUGUGAUCACGAUCGCCGUGCCCCCGGCUUUGCCAGCUGCGCUGACCACUGGGAUCAUUUACGCCCAAAGGCGGUUGCAGAGAAAAGGCAUCUUCUGCAUCAGCCCCCAAAGGAUCAACGUGUGCGGCCAGUUAAACCUCUUCUGCUUUGACAAGACCGGCACCCUGACAGAAGACGGGCUGGACCUCUGGGGGAUUGUCCUGGCUCAAGGAAAGAGCUUCCUGGCUGCCCACCGCUUCUCCUCCGGCCGCCCCUUGCCUUGGGGCCCGGCGUGGGCGGCCAUGGCCAGCUGCCACUCCUUGGUGGUGGUGGAUGGGAAGAUCCAGGGAGAUCCGCUCGACCUGAAGAUGUUUGAGGCGACUCGCUGGGAAAUGGAGGAUCCCGAAGAGGAGGAGGAGGAGGGCAGAGGUGGAGACUGGGCCCACACCGUGGUGAUCACCCCAGGAGCCAAAGCAGAGCAGGUGGCCGGGGGAGGAAUGGCCAUCUUGCGCCAGUUCCCGUUCUCUUCAGCCCUGCAAAGGAUGUCCACCGUUGUGCAGGAGUUCAGCGGGGGCCGCCACGUUUUCAUGAAAGGAGCCCCGGAGAGGGUGGUCCAUUUCUGCCAGCCAGAAACAGUGCCCACCAGUUUCACCCGUGAACUCCAGCUCUACACAUCGCAAGGAUUCCGAGUCAUUGGUCUGGGACACAAAGCGUUGCCCGCAGGGGUGGAAGCGGCUUCCCUGUCAAGAGAGGAGGCAGAGUCGGACCUGACCUUCCUGGGCCUGCUGGUCAUGGAGAACCGGCUGAAGAGCGAGACGACGCCGGUCCUGGAGGAGCUGAGCAAUGCCCGCAUCCGGAGCGUGAUGGUAACAGGGGACAACAUCCAGACUGCCAUCACAGUCGCCCGAAAGGCUGGCAUGAUUCCACGGGCAAGCAAAGUGGUCCUCGUUGAGGCCAGUGCCCAGACAGAGGGCAAUCCCUCUGCCUCCAUCGCCUGGAACCUCCUGGAGGAGAGGGAAGGGCGUGGCUUCAGUGGGGUGGAGGAGGGCCACCCCAAGGCUGAAGGUGGGCCUUCCCCCGACCCUGGGAGCAGCGGCAGGCUCCAUUUCUGCCUGAGCGGUUGGUCGUACGACGUCCUCGUUCGGCACUUCCCUCACUUGCUCCCAAAGGUUCUCCUCCACGGGACCGUGUUUGCCAGGAUGUCUCCUGCUCAGAAGGCCAGCCUGGUGCAAGAAUUCCAGAAGCUGGACUAUUUCGUGGGCAUGUGCGGGGACGGCGCCAAUGACUGUGGGGCCUUGAAAGUGGCCCAUGCCGGGAUUUCACUCUCGGAGCAGGAGGCCUCGGUGGCUUCGCCCUUCACCUCCAAGACCCCCACCAUAGAAUGUGUCCCCGAACUGAUCAAGCAAGGCCGAGCUGCUCUCGUCACCUCCUUCUGCACCUUCAAGUACAUGGUGCUCUACAGCAUCAUCCAGUACGUGGGAGUCUUGCUGCUCUACUGGCAAUUAAACUCCUUUGGGAACUACCAGUUUUUGUUUCAAGACUUGGCCAUCACCACUCUGAUCGGAAUGACAAUGAGCCUGAACGGCGCCUUCCCCAAGCUGGUCCCCUACAGGCCCCCAGCCCGGCUCACCUCGCCCCCUCUGCUGCUCUCCGUGGUGCUGAACCUCCUCUUCAGCCUGGCCACACAGAUCUGCGGCUUCCUGCUGGUGCAGAAGCAGCUGUGGUACAACCCCAAAGACCUCCUCAGUGCUUGCAGCCUCGGGAACACCAGCCAGCUGGAAUUCUCCUCCCUUGCCAAUGCCACCCUGGAGGGCAGCCCCGGGGAGGAAGACGAAGACAGCUACAAGAGCUACGAGAACACCACCGUGUGGCUCCUCUCCACCAUCAACUGCCUCGUGGUGGCCCUGGUCUUCUCCAAGGGGAAGCCGUUCAGACAACCCGUGUACAGAAACUACAUCUUCGUCCUGGUCCUGAUGGUGCAGCUGGGCGUCUGCCUCUUCUUCCUCUUCGCCCACGUCGACGGUCUCUAUGCCCGAAUGGACCUGGUGUGUACUCCGACCGUCUGGAGGGCCUCCCUGCUCCUCAUGCUGUUCAUCAACUUCAUCGCCUCUUUUGUGGCUGAGGAAGCCGUCGUGGAGAACAGAGCCCUCUGGUCGAGGCUGAAGAAAGCCUUUGGGUUCCGGUCCGGCAGCCGUUACAAGAAGCUGCAGCGGGCCCUGGAGAGGGACGCCUCCUGGCCACCCUUGAACAAAACUGACUUCUCGGGGUCUGUGGCAAUCCAUGUGGAUGGUUUUGGGGGGAUCUACAGCAACCCAGCCUUUGAGGACCAGGAGGAGCCGGCGUUGUCGUCGUAGUCCAAAUCCAGGAGGACCACCAGGGCUGAAAUCUUUGCCCCUCCAGGGCUGGACCCUGGGGGCAGAGCACAGAAGGAUGCUUUGGAGAGGCACCUCUCAGGGCAGGGUGGGAGUAG